ACUUAAGCCUUGGGCAUGGAGCACAUACUUCCUGGCGCUACAAUAUCAUUUUGUUCUUUUUGUUACAUAUAUAGGUUUGUAAACAUUCAUUUUUAAAAUCGAUGACGAUGUUUUUAUUUAUAGAUAAGGACAUGAGCUGGAUCUUUAUUUAACAUUUUACGCAGGUAAAAAGUCCUGAGGUGUGUUUUAUUGAUAACACAGAUAUUCUGCGUUUCUAUUCAAUCGACUAAAGGUAUUUUAUAUUCAUGUGUCCAUCAAGUGUUGAAACAUGGCUUACAGGAAGCUGUUAAUGGAAAGUUCUUGCAAUGAAGUAACUCAGGAGAUGUUUGAGAAUUAUUUUGAUAAUGAUAUCGAUACCGAAACAGAUUUUGUCGGAAGAGAAAAUAACUUGAAUGUGUUAAAGAUAGCAUGGCAGAAGCACAAACUAUUUGGCAUUUUUGGACAGAAGGCGGUUGGAAAAUCCAGGCUGGUGACAGAGUUUUUAAAGAGCACAAAGUCAGGUAGUUUUGUUCAUAUUUUUAUAGAUAUGAAGUUAAUAUAUGAUACAAACUCAUUGUACUCGAAGAUAUGUGCGAGUUAUGGCAUUGAACCAGAGUUACAAGCAGAACAGUCCAGCAGGUGGAUUUAUCAUAUCUGUGACACUCUUAAUGCUGCCUGUAAAAAACGUUUCAUCAUUUUCUUCGACAAUACCGAAGAUUGGCAAGACUUAAAAGGAACUGAUAUUCGAGACUUCUUCUUUUCAUUGUGUACUAAUUUAGUCCGACAGUGCUCAAAUGUGAAGAUUUUCAUUACUUCUACAACACGUGUACAGUUCUCACAGAUAAAGAAGGUCUACUGCAGUCACGAGGUACUGCCUCUAAACCAAAGGGAGACGCGUCAGUUACUUAAACCUGUAAUUGAAGGCGUAGAACUUGGUAAAUACGAAAACGAUAUCGCAGAUUUAUGUGAAGGGAUGCCUCUACUAAUUCUAAUGGUCGGAUCUGAGCUAACGGAAGAUAGCGGCAUGAUAACACCUAAAGACAUGGUCGAGUUCUUGCUCACUUGUAGACUGAAAGCGCUGAGUCGGGAGUUUUAUCCGAAGGAAGAUAGAGUCGCUGACGUGUGUAAAAAGUUCAUUGACCGCUUAGAUACUGUAUACAAGAGACGACUGACCAUACUCGAAUAUAUUCCUGGAUCGUUUAACGCAGAACAAGCCAAGGAAAUACUAAAUUCCCAAUCAAUUGCAACGGUGAAAGAUCAAACACUUAUUCCAAUACGGAGACGACAUGCACUGAAUUAUGACCCCAACACGAGAAUGUUUAGCAUACAGGGUAUACUUCGAGAGUGUAUUAAAACAUUCUAAACGAUCAAGAAUAUACCAGGUUAUUAUUCUGUUAAAGACUGAAAAUCAUAAUUUAUUCAAAUGCAUAUAAAAACUUUAUUCCUUCUCAUAGAAAUAAUACAGUUGAAGUAGUCAUUUCCUGAACAACUCGUGCUAUGUAGGUCAAAAGCAUAGCCUA